AUGGAAGCAACCAGUGUUUCAUCAUUUAGGCUUGCCUACCGACGAAGGCCUCUCCGGCUUGAUCCUAAGUACUGGAAAAAGUCCCCUAGCUUCAUCGUGGCUUCAUGUAGAGGGAGCGAUGGACCGGAUUAUGUGGGUAAACUCGUUGGCGAAAGCAUGAUUGUUCUACGACUGCGGAUCAAGGAGAUAAAGAUUUCUGAGAAUAGGGUUGAGCUGCCUUCGGAUUGGAUGGAGUGGGAGAAGCAAUACUUUCCACACUAUAACGAAGAUGUUUUUGAAGCUAUGGGGCUUUUGCAAAACUUUUUGAUGAAUAUGAGGCCAAGUUUAGCUGUUGGAAUGGUGGCACUUGUUUUGUUAAGUGUGCCAUUAUCCUCUGGUUUGACCUUGUUUCAAGCUUUGCAAAUAGCUCAGGGAUUCAUAUCUAGGUUCAAUCCAAGUUGA